UCCAAUUGGGCAAAAAAUUAAACAGAUAAAUUUCUGAACUGUAUCUCUUACAUCUAAUACUAUGACUUGUAAAAGUCUUGUGUUCGCUUCAGGGCGCUGUGAAAGUUUAAGAAUUUCUCAGAGACAAUAAAAUACUUUUAUUUUCUUUAUAAGAACAUACUUUUUGAGUUCAACCUGGAUAUUUCUUAACUUUGAAGGAGAUUUUCAGACAAUUUAAUGAGUAAGGCUAUUCUUUAUAUCCUUGAAAUUCUUUUUACCAAAAUCCCUGUCAAUCUAUCUUUACUUCUUCAAAUUCUCUAAAUAUUUCGUAAGUUAGCGGUUAAAAGUACCUACAAUCUCAUUAUCAAGUUCAGAAACAUUGUGUUUCUUUUAAAAGACUUGUAGUCCGCUGAGAAAGAUUUUCGCUUUAGGUUCCAGAGGCAAUAUAAGAUAUUAUGUAUUGAAGAAUCUGUAAUUUAUUUUUAAAAAUUAUGCCGAGCCGACAUGAUUUUAUCCUUCCACCCGAGGACGUUCGAAAAAAAAGCCUUGGAGUUGAAGUUUUGGAUACUGUUGGAGAGCAGCGUUUGUGUGAAUUUGUAUAGUGAAAUUUGCGGUAAUAGUGUCAACCUUUUUGCAUAAACAACUUGCUGAGGCUAAGAUUAGGUAAGCAGCUUGCGCCAGAGACGGCUAAAGAAGUGGGUUUAUAAAAUUCGAAAUCAGCAAGUGUUAAGCUGAAAUCUUGCAAAAUUUGUCUGUAACCCUGUAAUAAUUUUUAAUAACUUUAAAAUAAAAUAAAAUUUUAAGAAAAUGCGAUGAUAAUCAGAGCCACGAACGAAUCUACGCGGACCAGGGUGCCGUGGUCCUGGUUUUAUUGCAUGUCCACCAUGUGAAGGGUUCAUGAAAUUCGAAACGAAAUAAACAUUUGGAACAAGCUGUGUGAAAUAAAUAAAUAUAUACCUUGUGGGUUUGUUCUGCAUGAGGUUUAUUUUGUAAAUACAGAAGUCAGAAAGUAAUACAGUAACAUAACAAUGUAUAUCUGGAUUUUGGUCAUCGCUGUUGUAAUACUUUAUAUUCUCACACAAGUGUCAAGCACAGCAAAGUACCACAUUAAGUAUAUUGGAUAUUUACUCUAUUGCAUUUUCUUAACUUCUCUCUGUGGAGUGUUUUGUAUUUUUCGUCCUGGGAGCUCCAAGAAUAUCUUUAUUGCACAAUUUAUUUUGAAAGUGAUAAAGUUUGAAUGGUUGUUUGGUCUUGAUAUACAAAUUGAAGACUGGGACAAUCUAUUGAAUGCUAAAAAACCUUUUGUUGUGGUAUCCAAUCAUCAAACUGCUAUUGAUGCACUUGUCUUGUUAAAAGCAUCACCAAAUGGAACUGCCCCGUUAGCCAAAAAAGUACUGUUGUAUGUCCCGAUAUUUGGACCGGUUUGUUGGCUUUGUGGUACGAUAUUUAUAAAUCGUAAGAAAGGUAAAUCAGCAAUUGAUAUUAUGAAGAAAGUUGGUCGAGAAAUGAAGGAAAAGAUGACAUCAGUGUGGAUAUUUCCUGAGGGAACCAGGUAUCAGCUUGAUAAGGUAAUGGCUUUUAAAAAGGGAGCUUUUCACUUAGCUGUUCAGGCGAAGGUACCAAUUGUACCAGUCCUUAUUGGAAAUUAUCGCAAUGUCAUUGAUCACAAAAACAAGCAAUUUGAUGGUGGUGUAAUUCGUGUGAAGUGCUUGCCACCAGUACAUACAGAUAAUGUUGAUAAUGUUGAUACACUUGUAGAAGAAGUGCAACAAUUAUUAUCAAAUGAAUUUGAGAAAGAUUUAGAGAAACGUUCUAGUAUUUUUGAAAAUAUUCAACCAAUAAAAAGAGAUUAAAGUAUAGAAGAAAUUAUUCCCAUGUACAAAUAUUUUAGUUUGUAUGUAACAUCAAUAUAGAUAUGCUGCAUUAUAUAUAUAUACUUGAUUUUAAACAUGGAACCUAUAUAAUAUAACUUCCAUUUUUUUUAAUUUACACGAUUCUCAAGAAUUAUGUGUACUUAAAUUUUGCUAAUCUUAAAUAAGCUUACAUUCUAUACUUUUAUUUUUUAUUAUACCUGCAAGUCACAGGAUCAACCUAACAGAUUGUUAUCUUUUGGAUUUUAAAAGUGACUAUUUCGAAUAAAUUACACAUUUUCUAUUAUGCAUGUCUAUGUUUCCCUAAUUUUACAUUGAUGCUAGUAAAAUUUUAUACUAUUAAAAGAUUCAUUGAUUAAUUUUUCUAGAUCUGUUUCGUGCUGAUGCAUUCUUAUUUUAUAUAUACAGGUUUAUAAUUUAUUUUUUAGUUUUAUUGGAAAAUUAACCUGUUUUCGAUUUAUCAAUAUAUCUAAUUAUGAUAAUUUUUGAUGCAGCUGUUUAAUUUAGUCUUAUAGUACAAAAUGUUUCUUAUGUGGUGUGAUAAGGAUGAAGUGGUCAUUUAUCAGAUCUCUAUAAUAAUAACCAUAUUAUGUCUGCUUGUUCUUGAGAAAGAAGCUGAAAAAUGCUUCAGAAACACAAAACUUGAUAUAUAAAAGACUGGCGAACCUGUUGCUUUAUCACCUGGAUUUCGACUGCUAUUAAAUAUUGAGCUUGCAAGUGUCAUUUUUUUGUGUUUAAAGUAACAAUCAACUGCAAUUUACUGCUUUCUUCAAAUUAUCAAAAAGGAAUGCAUUAAAAUGAAAUAAGGCAGUGCAUAAUUUUGUGAUUACAUAACCUGUAUUCGGUUUUCGGUACCUUAUAACAAACGUGCAAUGAAAUCAGAAGGUUUUUUAUUGUUUAUAACAACAAGCAAUUCGUUUGAUACUUUUUUCAAAGUAAAAUAGGUAGUUUGAUAAAAAAUUUUUCUUAAUAUUCUCUUUUUAUAAAAGGGUGGCCACACCUCCUAAAAUCUCUUUAUUAACCUAAAAUUUGAAGACCCCCUCAAAAUCUCCUAGAUAACCUAAAAUCGGGACUCAAAAUAUUGAUUCCUGGUCAAAUUUCCUAAAAUUGUUUUAUGAUAACAUCUGCUUUAGUGACUUUUGGUGACAAAAAACUGGGGAUAUGCUUAUCUUGCAGUAGGACCAUAAUAUAUAUAAUCACUGCAAUUCGAAAAUACCAGCUUCUCUGCCAUCAUAACAAAGAAAGUCUUCAUUAUCUGUACCUUCACGUGCUCCUAAAAUUCUAGAAAAAUCUGUGACCACCCUGUUAUAUUGCUAUAUUCUUUGGAUUUUAAAGACUACCUUAUUUUAGGUUUUGAUUUUUGUAACCUUGAAAAACUAAUUAAUGUAAAAAUAAGUUGAUUGGUUUUGGUUAAUUUACAAUGGCGUGGCGUGUGAGCAAAUUUACGGUUCUCGCUGCCAUUAUCACAAUGGUACGAGCAACAACCCUCUUAUCGUUUUAAUUCAGAAAGAAUGAUUAGAAAUUAAAGUCUCACAGUCUCAGUAAUACAAGGAUCUUUAGUCAUGAGGUGCAAAUCUCGCAAUUUCUGUUUGUAAUUCUGACAUAGAGUUUUGUAUUUUGCAACACAAUAUGAAAUCCCAUCUAUAUCUAAAUAAAAAAUGUAAAACAUGGUUGUAAUAUACAAAUUAUAUAUGUUAUUCAUCAAGUGGAUUCAUCAACUUUUGAACUUUGCUAUGUAAACAAUUUCGCUAAUAAAUUUGCAUAAUUAUACAUGGUUUUGUAUUUUCUUUUUUUAUUAGUUUUUUGUUGUUGUUGUUUUUGUUGUGUUUCUGUUGUUGUUGUCUGGUUUGCUUUUUUUUCAUAUCUUUUUUAGUCUAUGCUUGCAAGAUUUUCUGAACGAAUACUGAAUUUAGAAAAUAUUAUUACAGUAAAUGUUUCAUUUAUUGUGUUCCUAUUAUUUUCAUCUUUAUUACUAUCAAAAAGUCUAGUUUUACACCUACAGUAAAGAGAUCCUAUUUGUUGGUGGACCACAACAAGACUGAAGAAAAUCAAGGAUGGUUAAAAGAGUACUUAUCGAAUCAGAUGCUCUGGAAGUUUGUAUGGUUCAUGCAUUGUCAACAGAAAA